AUGCGCUUGCUUGGCCCUCCGGGUGCCCUUCAGGACUUCUGGGCCGCCAAUCAUGAUGCACCGUGGCUGCUGGCUCAUCCAUAUCGGUCUCAGCUGGACCUAAAUCGAACCAUACCCAUAUUCAUCCACGGGGACGAUGCGGAGUCUCACCGCCGUCGCAGCUUUAUGGUGGUGUCGUGGGGGUCCCUUUUGGUAUCUGGCUGCAGCCCGUUUGACUCCAAUAUGCUGGUGUUUGCAGGAGACAAUGCACAGUGCCUCCACGAGACAUACAACGUGCUCAACUGCUGGUUGUGCUGGAGUUUGACUGAAUUGUUGUUGGGCACAUUUCUCGACGUGGACCCUUUUGGAUCCCCGAUUCAGCGUGCUGGACCUGGUGGCCGCCAGGUGGCGGGUGGCUGGAAGGCGGUGCUGGCCUGCCACAAGGGGGAUGAGGCCUAUCUCCAGAAGGCCUACAACAUGGUCACUACCUGGAACAGUGAGUCGGUGUGCUGGCGAUGCGGGGCGUCAAAGGGUGCAAACACUGAGCUAGUGUAUACCACGCAUGGUCCCAACGCGCCUCAUCGAGAAACGCUGCUGGACACUGCGGCCUUCAUCGAGCAGGUUUGCCGUGAAAACCCCUUUGUAAGAUUACCAGGGUUCCACAUUGACCUGCUGCAGAAUGAUUGGCUGCAUUGCGUCGACCUGGCUAUCGUUCCGGAAUGCGCCGGGUCAGUGCCCUGUUGCCAUCGUACAUGUGUGUAG